AUGUUUGUGAAGCCAAUAGCGAAAAAGAAACAGGCCAACGUGGAUCAUAUCACUGGUGAUAAGAUCCCUAAGAGCUUUGUUUUUGCGAGAGGGAAGUUGCCUGUCUCUCUCAGGCAACUUCAGAUGGACUUGAGAAAGUUGAUGCUUCCCUAUACUGCUCUCAAGCUUAAGGAGAAAAAACGGAAUAGUCUCAAGGACUUCUUGAAUGUUGCCGGGCCUAUGGGUGUUACUCAUUUCCUUAUGUUGUCAAAAACUGAAACUGCACCCUAUCUGAGGGUUGCAAGGACCCCACAAGGCCCAACUCUUACGUUUAAGAUACAUGAGUAUUCAUUGGCAGUUGACGUUGCUCAAUCUCAACUGCACCCUAGAUGUCCGCAGGAUCUUUUCAAAAAUGCCCCUUUGAUUGUUCUUUCUGGUUUUGGGUCUGGAGAACAACAUUUAAAACUCACAACUGUAAUGUUCCAGAAUAUCUUUCCAGCCAUUGAUAUUAAUACUGUCAAACUUUCUUCUUGCCAGAGAAUUGUGUUACUUAAUUACAAUAAAGACACAAAACUUAUUGAUUUUCGGCAUUAUUCCAUCAGACUCCAGCCUGUAGGUGUCUCCCGUAGACUCAGAAAGUUUGUGCAGAACCACCAAGUCCCUGAUCUUAGAAAUCUCCAAGACGUGAGCGACUUUGUCACUAAGGCUGGUUAUGGAUCAGAAAGUGAAGGAGAUGAUGAAGCAGCAACAGUAACUCUGGCAAAUGAUCUUGGUAGAGUUAAUAAAGCUUCUACAAAAAGCGCUGUGAAGCUCCAAGAGAUUGGACCCAGAAUGACACUUCAACUUAUCAAGAUCGAGGAAGGAUUAUGUUCUGGUGGCAUCAUCUUCAGUGAAUAUGGAACUGCAAGUGAGAAAAGGCAGGAAAAGAAUCAGAGCAAUGGAGAUGAUCAAGAUGAUAAUGAAGAUAUUGAGGAAAAUGAUGAAGAUAGCGACUAG